AUGCGAGCCAGGGGAAGCAGUUGCAGAAGACCGGAGCAUAAAAGCACAGAUCUGAGCCUGGAACAACGAUUUAUUGACUCAGUGAGUUCCGGAGGCACUGACUUGGGGCGAGCCAAAUUUCAGCGUACGCCCGCCAGCCAGUCACCAGCAUUCUCUCUCUUAAAUCGGGACCUCAGUAGAGGAAGCUCCAAUCCUCUGCUUCUCCGGCACUUGAAUCAGACACUAGCCGCCGGCCGAUCGGAAAUGAUUACCAUUCCAUACCUCACUGCCUUGACAACUUACUUCAGCUAUGGACUUCUCUUCGUCUUCGGCCAAUUGCGUGAUUUCUUCCGCAAAAUCAUCGAUUGGUGGUCACAUAGCAGCCUACAGGGCUAUGCACCGAUCUGCUUGGGCCUAGAGGAUUUCUACAUUCGGCGGUUGUAUCUGCGGAUUCAGGAUUGCUUUAAUCGACCAAUAUCAAGCCCUCCAGAUUCUUGGUUUGAUGUGGUGGAGCGUGUCUCCAAAGACAAUAACAAAACACUACAGCGAACCAAAAACGUCAGUAGAUGCCUCAACCUAGGAUCAUAUAAUUAUCUAGGGUUCGCUGCAGCUGAUGAAUACUGUACACCUCGUGUAAUUGAAUCCUUGAAGAGGUUUUCCCCAAGCACCUGCAGUACGCGGGUUGAUGGAGGAACAACAACAUUGCACACCAAACUGGAGCAGUGUGUGGCAAGGUUUGUUGGCAAGCCGGCUUCUGUAGUCUUUGGCAUGGGUUAUGUAACCAAUUCUGCCAUUCUUCCUGUGUUAAUUGGAAAGGGAGGUUUGAUCAUUAGUGAUUCUCUGAACCAUAACUCCAUAGUAAAUGGCGCUCGAGGAUCUGGAGCUACCGUUCGAGUUUUUCAACAUAACACACCGUCCCAUUUGGAGAAAGUUCUGAGGGAACAGAUUGCUGAUGGACAGCCUAGAACUCACAGACCUUGGAAGAAAAUAUUUGUUCUGGUAGAGGGAAUAUACAGCAUGGAAGGGGAGCUGUGCAAACUCCCCGAGAUUGUUGCCGUAUGUAAGAAAUAUAAGGCUUAUGUUUAUUUGGACGAGGCUCACAGCAUUGGACGACAACCGUUUUGUCCUUCCCCACUCUGUGAACUCUUAGGAGUUGAUACUGCAGAUGUGGAUGUCAUGAUGGGAACUUUCACUAAAUCAUUUGGAUCGUGCGGUGGUUAUAUUGCAGGAUCCGAGGAACUUAUUCAAUACUUGAAGUAUGCAUGCCCUGCUCAUCUUUAUGCUACAUCAAUAUCACCUCCAGCUGCACAACAAAUUAUUUCUUCCAUUGAGGUUAUUCUUGGAGAAGAUGGUUCUAGCAGAGGGGCUCGGAAAAUAGCACGGAUACGUGAAAACAGCAACUUUUUCCGGUCUGAAUUGCAAAAAAUGGGUUUUGAGGUUUUGGGAGACAACGAUUCUCCUGUUAUGCCCGUUAUGCUGUACAAUCCAUCAAAAAUUCCUGCUUUUUCACGGGAGUGCCUCAAACGAAAUGUGGCUGUUGUAACAGUUGCUUUUCCAGCUACCCCUUUACUGUUGGCCCGUGCGCGCAUUUGCAUCUCUGCUGCUCAUACUAGGGAAGACCUUGUUAAAGCUUUAGAGGUUAUCAGCAGUGUAGGUGAUCUAGUUGGGUCUAGAGUUGCAAAGUUUUCCCACAUGGCUUUCAGAGGAUAA